AGUGGCUUUUGUACACCUGUGAGAAGUUUACUGGUGCAUUCAGGAGGCUGUGUUCAUUGCUCUUCUUGCUUCAUUUUUGGCCUGUAGAAGCCAUGUAACAUGGAGCGAGUCUUCUGGCUGCUGCUGAACAGAGAUGGAGCUUUAAUAAAGAAUGUAAUGGAGGAAUUUCACCAGCCACGCGGACACAUGCUGUCUGAAAAGCACCGCAGUCGCAGUCUGUUGUCACACAUUUUGUCAACUGGCACAGUGAAGGAUGAUCGGAUCCUGGAGACGAUGAGGAGAUGCUGGGAGGAAAACCAGUAUCUGCUGUGCCCUCAUACUGCUGUGGCUGUGUGGCAUCAUUACAACUGUCCUCACAACCCAGAGCUGAGCAGGUGUUACAUUGCAACUGCAUCUCCAGCCAAGUUUGAGACAGCAGUGCAAAAGGCAGGUCUGACCUUUGAACCCCCGGAGGCCAUACGGGUACUGGACAAAUUGCCAAGCCGUUACCAAAACCUGGAAAGGGGCGCAAACUGGUGCAAAGACUGGGAGCAUCGACUGAAAGAGACCAUCCGAGCUGUUGGCAAAGUCAGGGAAAAAGGAGGCCGUUAAUACAGCUGACAGUCGGACUAUAGGUACUUCAUGCUCCACCACGUAUGUCACUCAGUUAGUGCUUU